GCUGCCAGCGGGGGGCAGGCUCGGAGCGGCGCAGCAUCCCCGCGCAGCAUCCCCGCCUCCCGCAUGCGGCGGGGCAGGGGCUCCGCGCAGCAUCCCCGCGCCGGGACCGCGGGACGACGACGAGGAGGGGGGCCCGGGGGGGAACGGAGCGCUCCUGCUUGCUGUUCCGAAGGGGUUAAAGCCCGGCUGAGCCGCCGGGACCUGCCCAGCCAGCCCGGCAACUCGGCGCUCGGCAGCAUCCAGCCCCGCUCCAGCCCCGCUCCGCGCAGGCACUGGUGAGGCCGUGGCCCUGAGCACCCGUCCCUUCUCCACCGUUCCUGACCACCGCCGGUGGGUCUCCGGCACCGCACAGCCAUGACGACCUCGGCGCUGCGCCGGCAGGUGAAAAACAUUGUGCACAACUACUCGGAGGCAGAGAUCAAGGUGCGGGAGGCCACCUCCAAUGAUCCAUGGGGACCCCCAAGCUCCCUGAUGUCAGAGAUCGCCGACCUCACCUUCAACACGGUGGCCUUCGCCGAGGUCAUGGGUAUGAUCUGGCGGCGGCUGAAUGACAGCGGCAAGAACUGGCGUCACGUCUACAAAGCCCUCACCCUCCUGGACUACCUCAUCAAAACCGGCUCCGAGAAGGUGACCCACCAGUGCCGCGAGAACCUCUACACCAUCCAGACGCUGAAGGACUUCCAGUACGUGGACCGUGACGGCAAGGACCAGGGCAUCAACAUCCGAGAGAAGGUGAAGCAGGUGAUGGCGCUGCUGAAGGACGAGGAGCGGCUGAAGCAGGAGCGGGCGCACGCGCUGCAGACCAAGGAGCGCAUGGCCCUCGAGGGCAUGGGCAGCGGCAGCCACCAGGUCUCCUACGGCCGCCGCGCAUCGCCCUAUGGUGACGACUACGGCCGGACACGGGGUUCACCCUCGUCCUUUAACUCAUCGUCCUCAUCCCCACGCUUCGCCUCCGACCUGGAGCAAGCGAGGCCCCAGACGACGGGCGAGGAGGAGCUGCAGCUGCAGCUCGCGCUGGCCAUGAGUCGGGAGGAGGCGGAGAAGAAGCCACUUCCUCCAAUUUCCAGUACAGAUGAAGAAAGGCAAUUGCAGCUCGCGCUCGCGCUGAGCAAAGAGGAGCACGAGAAGGAGGUGAGGGCUUGGCAAGGGGAGAGCUCCCUGCUGCAGAGAGCGGAGGAGCCUGCCCAGGGCGGCGAGGAGGAGGAGGAGGAAGAGAAGAUGAAGAAAAGCCAGUCUUCCAUCCUGGAGCUGGCGGAUAUAUUUGGGCCGGCGCCAGCCCCCUCCAGCCACGCGGCUGCCGACCCAUGGGAGAUGCCAGACAUGAAGCCCAAAGCGGAGCCAGCCGCCUCUGCCUGGGCCGGCGCGCCCGACCCCUGGGUCCCAGUCCCGGCUGCCAGCGGGGAGCCCCUCUCCCAGGCGAGCGCCUCGUCCCAGCAAAGCACCAGCGGGCCCUGGGAUUUUGCACCCAGCACCGCGGCAGCCUCCGACCCUUGGGGGAAGGCGACCGUGUCUUCUGGAUUCCCUCCUGUGGACCCUUGGGCGACGGCGGCGUCGCCCCCACCGCAGGUCCCUGGUUCUACACCAGCCGCCGACCCUUGGGCUGCUGUGGCUGAGCCACCUCCUCACCCCGCUCCAGGGGGGGAUGCUUUCGACCCAUUUGCAAAGCCACCCGAACCCGCUGAGCCACCGGAGCAGGACCCCUCGCAGCCGCCCUCCUCCGCCAAGUCCAACAGCCCUGUCGAGCCGGACCCCUUCGAUGACCUGUUCCCCAGCGCCAGGCAGGAUGGGGCGAAGAGCUUCGACCUCACCAACCUGGCCGAAUCCCUGCCCGAAUCCGGCAAGGAACGCAAGGACUGUAAAACCCCUGAGGCUUUCCUUGGCCCCGCCGCCUCCUCCCUGGUCAACCUGGACUCCCUGGUCGCGCCUGCACCCGCCUCCAAGACGCGAAACCCCUUUCUCUCGGGUCUGAGCACGCCGUCCCCCACCAACCCCUUCAGCCUCACCGAGCAGCCCAAGCCGACGCUCAACCAGAUGCGGACCAGCUCGCCGGUUCCCAGCCUCCCUUCGGGUCUCCCCGCCAACUCCAUGACCUACAGCGCGUCCCUGCCGAUGCCCCUCAGCAGCGUCCCCGCCGCCGCAGCCGCCCUGCCCGCCUCUGCCAGUGCCUUCCCCCAGGCUGGCACCUUCCCCGAACUCCCCCACUCUUUGCCGCAGCCGUUACUGCCGCUGAGCGGACCCCCGGCCCCGCCGGCCGCUCCGGGGGGGCUCAACCCCUUCCUCUGAAUCCUCUGGACACACUGAGACUCUCGCCCCUUCCCCGGCUGUUACAACCCCCCCAGCCUUUCCUCUUGCAAAGACUUUUUGGGGGCACAGCGGUUCGUUAGCUGCAAGGACGGUGCCCCCCACGCCAGCAUGAGCCCCCCCUGUCCCUGAGAGGCAGAGUGGGGACGCCCUGCGCCGCGGAGGCUGGAGCGCAGUGUCGUGAUGCUGGUGGGGACCCUCGGCGUUGGGGGGCUGCGGUGUGGUGCGGUGGGUGCAGGAUGGGGACUGCAGGGUGGGGGUUCGGAGCUGGGAUGGGGGCAGAGAUGGGAUCCCCCUCCCCGUGGUUGCCCGCGGGGUGGUUUGCGCUCCGCUGGCCGUUGCCCCUCGCCCACCCCCAGCCCAGGGCGCUGUGAACAAGGCCCCCACCUCCUCCCCUGCUGCUGGAUGGGACCCCCGGGUGGGGGGCUCUGAGCUGAGGGGUCGAGGCGGCUGGGGGAGCCGGGGUGCCCCCUCCCCGUGCUGCCCCCCCGGGGUCCCCUGCCCCUCGCCCCUUCCCGCUCCCCGCAGAGCUGCUGGAAGGGCUCCCACCGCCCUGCGCGCUGCUGGCUGGGACCGGGGGGGCUCUGAGCUGGGGGGCAGUUGGGGUCCCCCCCUCCCCGUCGUGCCCCUCUUGGCUGUCGCCUCCUGCCCCGGGGACAGGAUGGGACCGGGGGGGCUCCGAGCCGCGGGGAGGGAGAUGGGGUCCCCCACGUCCCUUUCCUGGGGUCCCCCGGCUGUUGCCCUCCCGCCCCAAGGAGCUGCAGGCAGGGUCCCCGACUCCUUCCCCACUGCUGG